GUCACAUUCUAUGCUAAAACAAAAACAUAAAGUUGUUACCGUUAUUAUUAUCCAGCAAAGCAAAUUCCCACUAUAUAACAAGGACUAAGAAUAUUUCACAUAACACAGUUAGAGAAAAAAAAAUGGAGAGGCAAGAAGAUGUUAAGAUUGGAGCAAACAAAUUCUCAGAAAAGAAUGCAUUAGGCACAGGAGCUCAGAGUGAUAGUAAGGACUACAAGGAAGCACCAGCAGCACCAUUGUUUGAGCCAGGGGAGUUGAAGUCAUGGUCUUUUUACAGAGCUGGAAUUGCUGAAUUUGUUGCAACUUUUUUAUUUCUUUACAUCACUGUCUUAACUGUCAUGGGUGUGAAUAGAUCAUCCUCUAAGUGUGCCUCUGUUGGUAUUCAAGGAAUUGCUUGGGCUUUUGGUGGUAUGAUAUUUGCACUUGUCUACUGCACUGCUGGAAUUUCAGGUGGACACAUAAAUCCAGCUGUGACAUUUGGUUUGUUUUUGGCUAGGAAACUGUCCUUGACAAGAGCAGUAUUCUACAUAAUAAUGCAGUGUCUUGGAGCUAUCUGUGGUGCUGGUGUGGUGAAGGGUUUUGAGGGUAAUGCUCGUUAUGAGUUGUUCAAAGGUGGAGCGAAUGUUGUGAAUCCUGGUUACACCAAGGGGGAUGGUCUUGGAGCUGAGAUUGUUGGUACUUUUGUUCUUGUUUACACUGUUUUCUCUGCCACUGAUGCCAAGAGAAAUGCUAGGGAUUCUCAUGUUCCGAUUUUGGCACCUCUUCCAAUUGGGUUUGCUGUGUUUUUGGUUCACUUGGCUACUAUUCCUAUAACUGGAACUGGUAUUAACCCUGCUAGGAGUCUUGGUGCUGCCAUAAUAUACAACAGAGACCAUGCUUGGGACGACCACUGGAUAUUCUGGGUUGGACCUUUUAUUGGAGCUGCCCUUGCUGCACUAUAUCACCAGAUCGUGAUUCGAGCAAUUCCUUUCAAGACAAGGGGCUAAUGAAUCCAUCAUCAUCAUUGACAUGUCUUGUUGUUUUGAAUUAUCUAUUCGGUGUAUUCAUUCUUGUUUAUUUUUUUAUCUAUGUGUAAAUUAUGAGCUCGUGUUGUAUGGACUGUGGAGUGGAGAUUCUUUCACGUUGUUAUAA